UUGUAAAUUACCACAAUUGGGUAGAGGGUGUGGCUGGGAUCACGGAAAGGUCACGGAAAGGUCACUGAGAGUAGUUUAAUUUUACGUUUGUCAACAAACAAACAAAUCUGAAGGCAGGAAGAUGGAGAAACCUUGUGAAGCACCUCAGUCUACGAUUAACGAGAAGACACUACUAGUUAACACAGCCAUUGUAGGGAAAAAGCCAUCAGAGUCAAGCAGCCAUUCUCCAGACAACCUCCGCACCUACUGGUGGAGAUGGAUUGUUCUGUGUAUCUUCGCUCUCAAUCUAGCUAUGACCAACAUCAUAUGGAUACCCUCAGCCCCCAUAGCAAACACGAUCAUCUGCUACUAUGAUGUGUCUCUGUUCUGGGUGAAUUCCCUGUCGGAAGUGUACAUGCUCACGUACAUAAUCCUCCUCUUCCCCGCGAUGUGGAUGUUGGACAAGUAUGGACUGAGACUGAGUGUAAUGCUAGGAGCAGGCUUUGAUGCAGCAGGGGCCGCACUCAAACUGGCAGGCACAGGCUCCAACUUUUUCUGGCUCCUUAUGUUUGGUCAAUCACUGGCGUCACUCUCCAACGUCUUCAUCUGGACAGCUGCUCCUCUCCUUUCUGAGGUGUGGUUUCCACCAAAAGAGAGGGCCACAGCCACAGCUAUUGGGGGAGCCAUAGCACCUCAGUUAGGCAUUCUGCUUGGUCUGGGAUUGACCCCAUUCAUAGUGCACAGUGACCUGAAUCUCCAGUUUGCAGUAUGCGGGAACACAACCAAUCCUCCCUAUGCCAGCCCGGGGGAAACUAAAGAAUGGUCCGACUUCAUAUUCUCCAGACUCUUGUAUUUCAAUAUUGGAGUGGCUGCAUUGGGCCUCAUUGUGUUCAUCUUGACCAUAUUUUGGUUUUGUGAUGCCCCGCCCACUCCUCCGAGCAUCUCUCGUAAGCUGGAGAGCGAACACAAACAGUCGACAGGUUUUCAGCAGUUCAAAGAAUUCCUCAUCACCACACUAGGGGCAUUCAAGAAUGUCUAUUUUGUUCUCUACAUGAUUGUAGCUGCCAUAAUCAUAGCAGUUGCAGGCUCUGUAGUGUCUGUCAUUAAUGAAGUGGUCCAUCCUUACUUUCCGGACUAUGAUGAGGAAAUAGGGUACCUUGGCAUCACUGCACAAGCAACCUCUAUUCUCUCCAUGUUUGUAGCUGGUCGUGUGCUAGAUUGGACCAAGGCAUUUUAUGCUGUGAAUCUGGUCGUGUGCAUACUCUCUGUAAUCUGUGUGACUCUCUUCGCUGUGUUGAUUCUGUUCCAGGACAAUUUCUACCUCCUCUAUAUACCCUUUGUUUUCUUGGGAUUGAGCAUGGCUUCUUUUCAAGCAGUGGCUUAUGAGUAUGCUAUUGAGAUGACCUACCCCCUACCAGAGGGUACCUCCAGUGGCCUCAUCAACUCUGGAUCACAGAUUCUCUCGAUUAUUACAAUCAGCUUUGUAGGUCACUUUGCCGAUAAGAGCGUGGACAAUGUUCCAGUGGGAUUGUGGUUCAUGGUUGGACUCACUUCUCUGGGCUGCCUCAUCACCAUCUUUGUCAGACCAGAACUCAAAAGAGUUAAAAUUGACAAAAAAUAGCGCACAGGCAUAGUUUUGUAUUUUGUAUGUACAUGUUAUUAUUUAAUGUACACAUGUAGUCUAUUAGCUACAUAUGUACUGGAUCCAAGCACAUUAUGCAGCAGAGCAGUGUCCCAUGA